UUCAGUGACAUUCAGCUGUGCUGUAGGAGCCUCCAUUUCAGCACAAAAGGUGUAAUGGCAAGCAGCUGGAUUACAUACUCACAGACCAACACGAUAAAGAGGAAUCAUGACCUUGCUGAUAACUGAAGACGUGAUGAUUCAUUUCUAACUAACUGAUCUGCUCCACUCAUUGGACUAUUAAAGGACAAGCUUGGAUGGACUCCAACCAGAUCUGCAGAAACCUUCAUCUUUCAUAAAAACCUCAAAGUCCUGUCUGACAUGGGCCUGGCCCUGUGCAGACAGUCUCACAGCCACACGGCCAAAGUGGUUCUAGUGGGCCUGGACGGGGCGGGGAAGUCCACCCUCCUCCACCGCCUUCAGAGGGGCGAGCUGGCGCACACCACCCCCACCGUAGGCUUCAACGUGGGCUCGCUGGAGCUGGACUCUGGCCCGGAGCUGACCGUGUGGGACAUAGGGGGGCAGGGGGGCAUGCGCGCCCAGUGGGGAGACCACAUGGAGGAAUGCGAUGCCCUGCUGUUUAUGGUGGACGCGGUAGACCGGGUACGGAUCAGGGAGGCAAGGGCGGCGUUGGGGCAAGUGCUGGGGGAUGAGAGGGUGAGGGGAGUCCCUCUAAUGGUGCUGGUUAAUAAGAUGGACCUCCCAGAGGCGAUGGGGCUCCAGGAGGUGACGGGUGGGCUGGGGCUGGAGCAGUGCUGGGACAGAGACUGGGAGGUGCAGGGGUGCAGCACUCACAACGGGCUGGGGCUCCAAGAGGCCCUGGACUCUCUGGCCACACUGAUCAGAAAGCGCUGAGGGGUAACUCAGACACACACACACACGAGGAUAUAUGGAAAACUUUGGCAAAUACACAGAUCAAUGGACAAGGCAUGGGCUCUCAUACAAACAGGUAAAGAAUAGGCACACACACAUUUGGACAAAAGGGAACAUGUGAAGCUUUUCAUAAGCUAACUGUGCUCCUAUCACUAACUAGCCCCAUGUCGCACAGUAUGUAUCAUGCCAGUAGGUUAUUUGAAUAUAGAAACAGUUGUAACAUUCACUAUGAAGGAAACUAUUUAAUGGGACUUGAGAAUCGCAGAUUGGAAUUAAAUGGCUACUUUUAUCAAAAGGACAAAACCCAACGGGAUCAUCCACCUGUUUUUACACUCACUGUAACAAUGACAUGUCUUACAUUCAACUAAUCUCCCCACAGCAAUGUCACAAGUGCCACUCAUUUUUACAAUUUACAGAAGAUGCAGUAUCCUUCUACACCACAAGGUGGUCUCCUUAUUUAGCCACAACUUAGUCCUGCUGGUCAUAGUUUCUCCCUGGAAGUUAAAUCAAUGGUUACUACUACAGAUUGAAGUGUUGACACUACCAGACUGAAGGGAUUGGUGAUAUACAGUUACAUUAAAAUAGAACCUUUAGUUGUAUAUUCAGUAAAGCCGAUUACUUUCAUUGGUCUUAAGUAUUUAAGAGCAAAUGUGUCAGGUAUAUUUAUCCAGGUACCAUGUACAGCAACUCUAAAUCACAUCCAUGAGAGCAUAGUCACCUUGUACCUUCUUUCAGAAUAAGAAUCUCUCACCAAUUUUUCCAGACACAGACAAUACACCUUGAUGUUACUGUAUCAAUCAGAAAGCUUGCAGCACGUUUAUUUUGGGUUAGGAUCAGUAGUACAGAGAACAUGUCCUAAGGAUGAGAUGAGAGGAAGUGAUGUCAUAAUCCCCUGAUUAGCAGAAUGUGGCAUUGAUGGGUUUGUUUGUGGUGAGGUGAAUGUAGUGUCUUCAAAGUAUUUACACCCCUUGGAAUUUUAUAGAGUUUGUUGUGUUACAACCUGAAUAUAAAACAGAUUAAAAUGUUGAUUUUGUGACACUGGCCUAGACACAAUACCCCAUAAUGUCAAAGUGGAAUUGUUUGGACAUUCUUACAAAUUCAUUAAAACUUAAAAGCUGAAAUGUCAAGUGAGUGUUCAAACCUUUUGUUAUUUCAAGCCUCAGUAAGCCCAGGAGUAAAUAUGUGCUUAACAAGUCACAUAAGUUGCAUGGACUCACUGUGUGCAAUAAUGGUGUUUAACUUGAUUUUUGAAUGACAACCUCAUCUCUGUACCCCACACAUACAGAUAAUUGUAAGGUCCCUCAGUCUGGCAGUGAAUUUCAAACAGAUUCAACCACAAAGACCAGGGAGGUUUUCCAAUGCCUCGCAAAGAAGGGCACCUAUUGCAAGAACGGUAAAAAAAAAGAAGCAGACAUUGAAUAUCCCGUUGAGCAUGUUGAAGUAAUUACACUUUGGAUGGUGGAUCAAUGCACUCAGUCACAACCAAAGAUACAGGCGUCCUUCCUAACUCCAUUGCCGAAGAGGAAGGAAACCGCUCAGGGAUUUCACCAUGAGGCCAAUGAGGACUAUAAAACAGAGAUGAAUGGCUGUGAUAGGAGAAACCUGAGGAUGGAACAACAUUGUAGUUACUCCACUAUACUAACCUAAAUGACAGUGAAAAGAAAGCUUGUACAGAAUAAAAAUAUUCCAAAACAUGCAUCCUGUUUGCAAUAAGGCACUAAAGUAAAAAUGUGAAAAAUGUGGCAAAGAAAUUAACUUU